CUAAUCAGCAUCAGCAAUUCACCAGUGGCUCUACCUCUCUGCUCUCACACGCUCUUUUGUUAAUCGAUGAAGAGAUUCCAUUUUUCAGUUAUAGUUUUCCUAAUUUUAAUAGUGUUUCGGAGCUCUGGGCUCUCACCUGAUGGUCUUGCGCUCCUCGCCUUCAAGUCCGCCGUCUCCGACGACCCCGGCGGCGCGCUCGCUGGCUGGAGCGAGGACGACGAGGACCCCUGCCGGUGGCUCGGUGUCACCUGCGCCAAUGUCUCCGGCUUUCCCUACCCCCGCGUCGUCGGCGUCGCCGUCGCCGCCAAGAACCUCUCCGGCUACGUCCCCUCCGAGCUCGGCUCCCUCAUCUUCCUCCGCCGCCUCAACCUCCAUGGCAACCGCCUCUCUGGCUCCAUCCCUACCCCUCUUUUCAACGCCUCUUCUCUCCAUUCUCUUUUUCUUUAUGAUAAUAAUCUUUCCGGCGUCCUCCCGCCGGCCAUCUGUGACCUCCCUCGCCUUCAGAACCUUGACCUUUCUAAGAACUCCCUCUCCGGCCCGCUCCCGCCGGAGCUCCGCAACUGCCGGCAGCUCCAGCGGAUGCUUUUAUCCCAGAACGGCUUCUCCGGCGAGAUCCCUGCCGGGGUCUGGCUGGAGAUGGUCUCCCUCGUCCAGCUCGAUCUCUCCUCCAACCAGUUCAAUGGAUCCAUCCCGCCUGAUCUUGGCGAUCUCGAUUCCCUCGGCGGCACCCUGAAUCUCUCCCACAACCAGUUCUCCGGCGAGAUCCCCAGCUCUCUCGGGAAAUUGCCAUCCACGGUGAGCCUUGAUCUUCGGUACAACAAUCUCUCCGGUGAGAUCCCGCAGGCUGGUUCGCUGGCGAACCAGGGCCCGACGGCGUUCUUGAACAACCCAGGCUUGUGCGGGUUCCCGCUGCAGAUCCCGUGCCAGGACCGCCCGGCGGGGCCGCCGGGGCGGCAGGUGGCGCCGCCGGUGAAGGAGGCGGCGCAGGAGAGGAAAGGACUCCGAACAGGUCUCAUUGUGAUCAUCUCGGUGGCCGACGCCGCCGGCGUCGCCUUGAUCGGGCUCAUCGUCGUCUACAUCUACUGGAAGCUGAAAGACCACGACAAGUGCUGCAGCUGCACCGGGAAGAGCAAGUUGGGGGGAGAAGGGGAGAGAAGAGGGGGGUGUGGGUGUUGGCCGGCGGGCGGCGGCGGGUCGGAAGAGGGGGAGUCGCAGAAGGACGCGGAGAGCGGCGGCGGCGGCGGAGGAGGGGAGGGGGAUUUGGUGGCGAUCGAUAAGGGGUUUUCGUUCGAGCUGGAUGAGCUGCUGAGGGCGUCGGCGUAUGUGUUGGGGAAGGGUGGGCUGGGGAUAGUGUACAAGGUGGUGCUGGGGAAUGGGAUUCCGGUGGCGGUGCGGCGGCUCGGGGAGGGCGGAGCGCAGAGGCAUAAGGAGUUCGUGGCGGAGGUGCAGGCGAUCGCGAGGGUGCGGCACCCGAAUAUUGUGAAGCUGAGGGCGUACUACUGGGCGCAAGAUGAGAAGCUGCUCAUCACCGACUUCAUCUCCAAUGGUAACCUCGCCACUGCUCUCCGAGGGCGAUCCGGUCAACCAACUCUGUCCUGGGCCAUCAGGCUUCGGAUAGGCAAGGGAGCAGCCCGUGGGCUGGCCUACCUCCAUGAGUACAGCCCAAGAAAGUUCGUCCAUGGCGACGUCAAGCCUACCAACAUCCUCCUCGACGGCGACUACAACCCCUACAUCUCCGACUUCGGUCUCAUUCGCCUCAUCAAUAUAGCCAGCAAUGACCCUUCCUCCUCCUCCUCCUCUACGGGUGGCGGCUUCAUAGGUGGGGCUCUUCCUGCCAUCAAGCCCACUCCAACGGAUAGGCCCAACAAUUACCGGGCCCCCGAGGCUCGAGUGUCCGGAAGCCGGCCCACUCAGAAGUGGGAUGUCUUCUCCUUUGGUGUGGUCUUGCUCGAACUCUUGACUGGGAAGCCACCUGAGUUCUCCUCCCCCUCGUCAUCUUCCACGUCACUGGAGGUUGCGCCAGAGCUGGUGAGGUGGGUGAGGAAGGGGUUCGACGAUGCGAAGCCGUUCUCGGAUUUAGUAGACCCGGUGCUCUUCCGCGAGGUUAAUGCCAAGAAGGAGAUGAUCUCCAUGUUCCAUAUAGCUCUUGCAUGCACCGAAGCUGACCCGGAGCAGCGGCCCAGGAUGAAGAUAGUAUCAGAGAAUCUUGAUAGAAUUGGGCCAUAGAUGAGUUGAUACCAGAUGAAAACAACAAUGGCAUAGAGGACUGGGCCGGCCUUGAUGAAGGGAAUGAUCAAGCAAAAAUGGCAAGUUUGCUGGUUUUGGACGACUUAUUUUUUGGUUGAUAUGGGUGGAUAAAGAGGAACCUGAUCAUUCCUGGUUUUUUAAAAGUUGGUGGAGCUUUCUUUUUUUUUUUUUUUAUGGGUUAAGGAUGACGUAGCAUAUAGCACAUAUGGUAGCUUGGUUCCCAAUGGGGAAUCUUUUCCCAGGUUAGCAGCUGGGCUGAAAAAUUUCGGUGGUGCUUCCAUGAUUAAGUAUUCUUUUAAAUUGCGUCUUUUCAAAUGAGAGUGCGAUAAAUCUUGUAAUACUUCCCAAUUUAUUAGUAAUAAUAUGUCAUAUUUUUCUUGCUUAUUUAGAAUAUUUGCAAACUUACGAGUAAAAGAAAUAAUAUGUACUUUA